CGUCCAUGGAUUUACCAAACGGGCACAGCAAACACAAGGGCGGAGUUUAAUAACAUUUCGAUACUUCACACUGCGAGGCAAACUGCUGCACGUCAAAAGAAAACAAAUAACAUGGAAACCGUUUAAUGUACACAGUUGUCUUUCAUUACAUAGAUAGACAACAGGUUUAUUUUCCUUCUCGAUACUCUUUUAACACAUUUUUUUUCCUCAGGGAAGUAGACGGUGUGCGCCUGUGCGUCCUUCUGUUUGUUGGUCUUCCACUAGGCCACUCUUAUAAUGGACAGAGAGCUUUUUAAAGUCGAUGACAACUGUGAAGAUCACUCCACUGCUGAACAGGGCAUGGAAAAAACACAAUGGUUCUUGGAGUCCACUGAGAAACCUGACGUUAAACAGUCAAAAUCCAUGCAGGAUAUGGGUUCUGGUUUAGAUGCAGAGGAGCUGGUUGAUGUUGAGAGCCAACCAACUCAUAAGCAGGGCGAUAGCAAUGAAGUCCUGGAAAAGAUUCCUGACACAGUGGCAGAGACACCUGGAGAAGAGGAAAAUACAAAACAAAAAGGACAAAAGAAGAAACCCAAAAAUCCAUUUAUGCCCCAGAGUGCAGCAAAGAACAAAACAACGCAGAAGAAGAAUGGAAACCAAAAUGGAGGCAGUGGCAGUGACCUUGCAGAGACUAAAGGCCAAAAGAAGUCCCUCAUGGAAUGGCUAGACGAGUUCCGUUUAAGUGAAAAUGAGAGAGAGGAUGAGGAGGAUCUUGAUGGCCUCAUGGAUUGGUGGAGCACUGUGGAACAAUGGGAGGACAUGCCCAAAAGCGACAACAUGACAGAGAAAGAGGAAGCCAAGGCUUUUGCUGUAACUGCUGAGAAGGUGCAAAAAGGCAUACGUGUGUUUAAUAAACUUUUCAACGAGCGAGCAGAAGGACUGUGGCAGCAUGUGAUCGACCUGCAUGCCAUUGCUGACGGCCUGGACCGAUUCAACAAGAAGACUAAAAUCGCCCAGAUCACCGGUGGCUCCACCAGCGCUGUGGGAGGUGUUGCUACCAUAACCGGCCUCAUCUUGGCACCUUUCACCAUGGGAACCUCUCUGAUUGUCACUGCGGUUGGCCUGGGAGUUGCCAUGGCAGGCGGGCUUACCUCUGCCUCUGCUGGGAUAUCCAGUACCGUCAACAACUCUAUGGAUCGCAAGAAGGUGGAGCGCAUUGUAGAAGACUACCAGACGAAGAUGGCUGACCUUAACAAAUGCAUGAAGUUCAUCAAACAAGGCAUUACAAACCUACGCAAGUUCAACCUGAAUAAGAUUAAGAAGCAUGGCUAUAAUCGAGACUUCCCUUGUUUCGACAAUAUCUAUGAGGACGGCGCCAUGGCGGGCAAAGCUAUUCUAACUAACGCCAAUGAGAUUAUGCGUGUGAUGCAGAUAGCCAAUGCAGCGGGAACAACUGCAGCACGCGCUGUGCAGAUUGCUAGUAUAUCUACAGGUGUUUUGACGGGGCUUUUUGUUGGGAUGGACAUCUACUUUGUGGCCAAGGACUCUCAUGAGCUUAAAAACGGUGCAAAGUCAGAAUUUGCUGCCAAAAUCAGAGAGGUGGCAGACCAGCUACAGGAGGGCUUAGUGGAACUCAACAGCAUCCGAAAUGAGUUGCACUUCACCACCACUCUGAAAGAAGACAAACUUCUGUAAACACUCCUCUCGACUCCACUAGAUGUUUAAAGAUUAUAUAACUAUACUGGCUUUCCUUAUUAGACAUCAAAGGAAAUUUGGGCUCUUAACUUGUUUUUAUGGCUUUAUCCACUGCUUGUUAGGGUAUAAUUAGGGGCCAAGCCCCAAAGGGGCUGUGCUGAAGCCCUUAGUGUUAUCCGUUAGUUUUCUUAUUAUUCCUCCCAAAAGGGAAUCUAUGGUAGCCCUAUCAACGGAACAUGAAAAAAUGAUUAAAUUUGGCACACUUGUAGUGAUGGUAAUGAAUAGUGAACUGACCAAUUUUGGAGUCUCUAGGACCAACUCUAUAGCGCCACCACAAGUUCAAAAAUUCACUUUUCUAAAGGUUACCUUUGAACCCUUUGUUCUAGAAAAAUGAAACUUAGUACACCUGAUUCCUCUCAUGCUCUCAUCACAUUCAACAUCUUACAUUUAAGACUCAAAAGUACAGUAUUCAGUUUUUUUUCGCUGCUCCUCCUUCAAAUUUUGUCCCAAUUCCUACAAAAAUUGGCUCUGAUGAUCUUUGGACCGAGCCGCACAGAAAUGACAGAUUGAUGUCUUAACGAGGCAUCAUUGUCUUAACGAACUUAACAAGGUUGACCCAAAAUUGGUCCAGAGGCUAUAUCUUGGCCAAACUUUGAGUAAUCAGAAUGAAAAUUGGUACGCUUCAUCGGAUCCAUGAUCAGUGGGUCUAUGCCAAUUUUGGGAACAGUGCCACCUACAGGUCAUGAAAAAUGGCUAUUUUUGCUCAUAACUGUUGAACAGUUUAUCAGAAAAUGAAAAGCUUGGUAUCUUGUGUCAUGCCGAAUCCGAGGAUACAGAUUUUUUCAGGAUUGAAUGAAACGUUGGUCAGCCAUGUUCAAUUUUGUCAUAACUUUCAAUAUCUUUUAAACGAUUUCAAAUAUCAACACAAAAUUUGGUAGGUAUCAACAUCAGAAUCUCCUGAAGGUACCUGAGAAGUUUGAACACAGCGCCACCUAGUGUUUCAAAUAUAUAAGGAUUUUUGCAAAAAGGCUUAUAACUUUUGAAAACAUUAUCCAAAAUUUGUUUUCUCUGUGUCACUCAGUUCCCUGGCUAAUGCCAAUUCUGACGAUGUGUCAUUUGUCAUUUUCCUUAAAUGUGCCUGUCCGCCAUAUUGAAGUAAAUGAAAAACAGUUUUUUUUUUUGCUACUCCUGUCCUACCUACUGUCCAAAAUUGGCUCAGAUGGUCUUUGGACUGAGCCUCACAGAAAAGACUGAACAGAUUUUUGAUAUUUGCUACCGUUCCCGAUAAAUAUCUCUCCAAAGUUGACCCUUCCUGUGUCUGUUGUCUUAUGUUAGUUAGCUUAGCAUGCUAACCAGUUGCCAUUCUUUCUAAUGUGGCUCUUUAGCUAUAAAGUUAACCAUAAGCUACAUUAGCACUAAGUUAGAAUAGCAUGCUAAUCUGGUUAAAAUAUUAAGUAAUGCUUUUGUGUGCUCAUUCUCACACUGAAGGUUCUCCUCGACAGUCUGGGGAACCAGCGUCAACUGAGUGCUGCAAUCAGUAAUGCCACAAGCCCUGAGCCUGCUUCUGUUUCAGGCAUUGUUUUUUUCUGAGAAUGAUCUCAUCUGAAAUUAUUAAAUAUAACAUGCGGUGUAUCUAUAUAUGAAUUCUUCAUUUUGACUUGAUUCUCACUUCCUCAGCAUCUGUAUGUAAGCACAUCUUCCCAGUGGUGCAACGAGAUGCGUGACAGGCACCUGACCAAGAGAUUGUGGGUUCUAGUCCUGUGUGGGGCAACUUUAUAAAAUUGUGUGCAAUGUUGUGUCAUUUAGAGCCAAUAGCUGCGGUUCUGCCUUCAAAACCUCAAGUCUCUGUAAAAUUAAACAAACUGUUGUAUGAGUGGCAUGCUGUUUAAAGCAACAGGCUUUAGUUUUGAAGAUUGUUUGAUCAAAUGUGUAGCAUGUGUUUAACCAUGUGAAUUGUGCAGUGUUCAAAAGUUUCCUAAUAAAAUCCAAUGUCCAAAAAAAAUGUCCAUAAGGGGCUUGGCCCCGUAAUUGCUGCUAGCAGCUAUAUUUUAUUUCUGCUUUUAUAAGACUAAAAGAAUAUGAACUAAUAUGGGCCUGAACUCAUGGUUAUCCCUAACAUAUUUUGUAAAUAUUUUUAACAUUAGUUAUUUAGACAUUAUUUAUUUAUUACAUUAGUUAUUUUAUUAGUUAUUUCUGUCUUGUAUUACAGCUAGAAUCUUGUAAUAGUCACCACAACUGUGUCUUAAAAUGUAUAUGAGUUUUCAAACAAAGAAUAUUGUAAUGGUUUAUGCUUAUUUCCUUUUGUAUUUAAAAUAAAUUGUUUUAUUCUAAAACUUUUUCCAAGGCAGUUUUAAUGUGACCUUUAUAUAACAAAAAAGUUGAAAUUUGUUAUAAUAAACCUGGUCUGAAGAAACA